AUGCGGCACACACCGGUGGGGACGGGCAGCCGCGCUGCCGCCCCCCGCGCCGUAGUAAUUUGCAAGGGGCGGUGCGGGGAUGGCGAUAGAGAUAAGGGAUGGGGAUGGAGACGGGGAAGAGGAGGGGCCGCGUCCCGCCCCCCCCGAUCACAUGUCGACCCCGGGCAGCCAAUGCGGGGGGCGCUAGGACCCCGGGGACCCUCGGCCCCCCCCGCAUAUAAAUGUCUCUCCAAAAUGCAGCGGAGUUCCUUUCUCCCGUCCCGCCCGGCCGCGCAGCUCCGCGCCCCGCGCAGCCGCUGCCCGGCGGGUCUCCGUCCUGCUCCGCGCCCGCUCCUUCCCCCUCCCCUUUUCCUUUUCUUUUGGGAUUUAAUCGGUUUUAGUUAAUUUUUUGCUAUUCCCCCCUCCCCGUUCCCGUUUUUCUCCUCCGCCCCCUCCCCGCGGCCGGUUUGCAUGCAUUGUCUGUCUCCCAAGAUGGUUUGUGAGACCAAGAUUGUGGCGGAAGAUCAUGAAUCAAUCCCGGGAUCUAAAAAAGACACGAUCAUUGUUUCCUCCUCCCAAAUGUGGCCCUCUCUGGCGGGCUCCCCUUCCUCCCCUCCGCCAACCCUCAGCUCCCCAAAAGAGGAUCCCAAGCGCGACAAUGUCUAUAUCCGCGAAUUCCAUCCCUCCGAGCAGGAGGUGGUGCGCCGCAUAUUUUACGAGGGGAUCAUGGAGCGGAUCCCCAACACGGCGUUCAGGGGGCUGAAGCAGCAGCCCCUCACCCAGCUGCUCUACGGACUGCUGGCCGUAAUAUGCUUUGUUGUGACCAAGUCCUUCCUGCUGACCUGCUGCUUGCCCAUCUUUCUGAUGGGCAUGAGGUACUACUUCAGUAGAAAAGUUAUCCUGCACUAUCUCGAUUGUGCGCUGCAUACAGACAUGUCCGAUAUUGAGCAAUAUUACAUGAAACCGCCAGGCUCCUGCUUCUGGGUCGCCGUCCUGGACGGCAAUGUGGUGGGGAUUGUGGCAGCACGGGGCAACGAGGAGGACAACACAGUGGAGCUGCGCCGCAUGUCCGUCGACUCCAACUACCGCGGCAAAGGGAUCGCCAAGGCCCUGGGCCGCAAAGUGCUGGAGUUCGCCAUGCUCAACAACUACUCCUCCGUCGUGCUGGGCACCACAGCCGUGAAGAUGGCAGCCCACAGGCUCUAUGAGUCCUUGGGGUUCAAGCAUGUGGGUGUUGUUGAACAUUACGCCCUGCCAGGGAUGACACGCUCCUUACUGGAGAGAAUGUUCUUCCAGCUCCGCUACCACCGCUACCGCCUGCAGCUGCGGGAAGAAUAGAAACCCGACCGACCAAACGAAACCAACGAAAUAUCCGUUUUCUUUCUCCUUCCUUCUCCCCUUCAAUAAUAAUAAACCUCCCUCCUCCUCCUCCUCCUCGUCACCCGAUUCUGCCGCUUGUUGGGUUGAGUCUUUGUUUUCCCUCAUGUCACCUCUUGGUUUGCUCCGUGCAGCUCCAUGGCCCGGCCGAGCAGCGCUCCUUCCUCGCAUGCUGCAGGUGGUGGUGCUGGGAGUCCUGCGACGCGGCGGAGCGGAGCGGCGGCCUCUCCUCCCCAGGUACCUCCGGAAAGCACAGGAACUCAACUGCGAAACAGUUAGCACUGCUCUGGUGUACAUAGUCUCCUCCCAAUGUAAGAUAACAUAGCCACGCGUUCAUGGUAGUGCAGAAAAUAUUACUUGAAUGCAGUUUUCAGUAUUUCGGGCACCAGUCAGUAGAAUAUGCAUUUGUCUUACCAUUAGUUACCGGUCAAUAGAUUUCAGAGACAAGGUUGGGGGGGACGACAACAGGUUCUCCCCCCCAAACCUAACCCGCUUGCUCCAAUGCAUGAAGAGGAAAGCGCGUGCACGCACUCACACAUGGCACUGCCGCCACGGCACUGGUGUUGCACUUUUAUUGGGAUGUGCCUCAUUCUGCCAAAUUCCCGAGAGACCCUGGGUGCAUCCGGUAACCACGACUCCGCUCCAUUCCCCCGCUCCCCUUCUCCUUCCUAAGCCAGCACGGACUGGGACCGGCUGAACUCUGAGCCCCAUUGUACCAUAGCGUGAAGUUAAGAUCAAACCUAAGUAUCUCCCACGCUGUUCCGUAGCCACGCGUAACCUGCAGUCCUGGGCCAGGCUCCGCAUGUGCGUUGGACUUUGACUUUGCUGCCUUUUGGGGGUUGUUUUUUGUCUGUUUUUGUUCCAUUUUUAAGGGUUGUUGGGGUCUUUUUUCCCUUGUUGGUUUUUUUUUUAGUUGUUGUUAUUAUUUUUAGUUUUGGCUUUUGCUGAAUGGUGUCAUUGAGGCGUAAUGGAGGCUGCAGUUCCUAUGGCAACACAUUUGCACAUUAAUGUGCGCACCAAAUCUAACCACUUCAGAGAAGCAACGUGUGACAGAUAAUAGCG